AAGCCAAGUUCAUUUUCUCCUCUCCGUUUCGCCUCUUCCAGAGCCGAGCCCAUCCUUCCCUUGCUCAGGCUCGUCGCCGCCACCGCGAGCCAUGGCCGCCGUCGCCCUGCUCCCGUGGAGCCUCCUCCUGCGCCCCUUCUUCCCCAAAACCGACCCUCUAGCGAGCUUCGUUGGCCCUCACUGGUCCUCCCAAGCCCGCUCACAGCCGCCCAGGGCCUCCGGAACGCCGCCGCGGCACAGCAUCGCCGCCGUCCGUAGCUCGCCGUCGAGCUCGUCGUUCCGCCCUCUCCCCGCCCAAAACAACUUCGGGAACGGCUUCACCUCGCCCCAACGGAGCUCCCAAGCCCAGCCACCUCCGCACAUGGCCGCCGGAACGCCACCGCCGGUGAACAGACCCGCCGCCGCCCCUUGCUUCACGCCGGCGAGCCCCGUCCGGCCAUCCCCGCGAGCCCCGAGACCACCCGCAGAAAUCGUAGCAAAGACGUCGUCUAUAAAUUUGGUCAUGAAGCUAGGAGCUAGCGAAGCAAGCCGAGGAAGGAACUUGUGAAGAUCCGGCCCAAAGCCGAGAGAAAUACUAACCCUGCUCAGCAAAAAGGCAAGCCCCGGAGCAUGUCCUAUCUAUUUUAAAUUUAUGCAACUUAUUAUUGUUUCUAUCUACUUGCGCAUUUAAGUUUACAGGAGUUGCUUGGAACCUUAGCUGCAUAA